AUGGCGACGCUCUUAGGUUUUUCUCAGACGAAGUUUCACCACUCCGGCGUCUCGAUCUCUUCGCCGCCGUGUUCAUCUUCCUCCACGGUGGUCCCAAUGGUGUGCUCCAGCCGUACUGAAUCGAACAGUCUCCGGUCCGGUUUCCUCGGCGGCCGUAUCGCUUCUGAUGAUCGGAAACGAGUAGGAUCGGGCUCCUGUAAGCUGGGUCGGAGAAGCUCUUUAGCAGUUAAAAUGUCGUGGGACGGUUCUCUCGCUUCCGUCAAGUUAAUCAUCCAAGGAAAAAACCUCGAGUUAUCAGAUCCAAUCAAGCAGCAUGUUGAGGAGAAAGUAGGGAAAGCCGUCCAGAAACACAGCCAUCUCGUCAGAGAAGUUGAUGUAAGACUCUCCGUUCGAGGAGGAGAGUUUGGUAAAGGACCUAGGAUCCGUAGAUGUGAGGUGACACUGUUUACAAAGAAGCAUGGUGUUGUGCGCGCGGAGGAAGAUGCGGAGACGGUAUACGCUUGUAUCGACUUGGUAUCAACGAUAAUACAGCGGAAGCUGAGGAAGAUCAAGGAGAAAGACUCUGACCAUGGAAGGCACAUGAAAGGUUUCAACAGAUUGAAGGUAAGAGAACCAGUGAUUGAGCCGGUUGUGGAGGAUGUUGAGGACGUUACUGACUCGACACCAGGAGAAGAAGAGGAUGAUUUGAUCAAGGAGAUCGUGCGUACCAAAUACUUUGAGAUGCCACCAUUGACGGUGGCUGAGGCAGUUGAGCAGCUGGAAUUAGUCGCUCACGAUUUCUAUGGCUUCCAAAAUGAAGAAACCGGUGAGAUUAACAUAGUGUACAAGAGAAGAGAAGGAGGGUACGGUCUGAUAAUCCCUAAGAAAGAUGGGAAGGCCGAGAAGGUUGAACCGCUUUCAACCGAGCAAUUGAAUGAACACUCUUUCGCCGAGUAG